AUGCCCAUCGACUUGUUCAACGAUGCAUCGCUCAACUUCUUGCUUGACCCGCCCGCCUCGUCGCAUACCAUAUCUUCCUCCGGAAAACAACUUUCGUUGAAGGCGCUUCCAUCAACCGAUUGGUGGCGAAUUCCAGGCACCGCAGAGCAGCCCAACGGUGUUGAAAAUCGCGAUGGGGCUCUGUUCGCCCGCCCAAUCGAUGCUACACGAGACUUCGUGGCUGGUGUUUGGAUCCGUGGAGCUUGGGGGGUCCAGUAUGAUCAAGGAUGUUUAAUGAUAAUAACCAGUGCGACGGGAACAACUGGGAAUUGGGUCAAGGCUGGGGUAGAGCUGGAAGAUGGUAAAGAAUUCGUCUCUGCGGUUGUGACUACUCCUUGGUCGGAUUGGUCUAUUGAACCAGCUACGAUCUCCACCAGUACCUCUGGCUCCUCAUCUGCAGGCGCGAUAUAUAUCCAGAUCUCUCGUCAAGGCCCACAUCUAACAGUGAAGAAGUAUCUCUCUUCUAGUGGGCCUUCAGAUUCUGUUCCGAAUGAAACAGAGCUCGUGAAAUACCGGGAGGUACACGGUUUCGACCUGAAUGAAGCAGGAAAAGCCAGAGCCAGUCCAGGUGAUGUGUGGCGCGUGGGCUGCAUGGUUUGCGGGCCCAAGAAUGAAUCUGGGACAGAAGCAGAGUUUUUCAAUUUUUCAUUCCAGUAUUUGUAG